AAAGCAAAUAAAAUAAGAUGUGAAGGUGUCUCCGUCUCUCAUCCUUUACGAAAACCUAAAUUCUGCACAGCACCGUUCUCUUCGUAUCGAAACGCCACCGUAGUUCUUUUCUCUCCGUUCUCCGAAGCUUCGAGAAUCAAAUUGCUGGGAUGUCUGGAGAAGUUUUUGACGGACAAGAUGCUGGCUAUGUGCCUGAGAACCCUGAGUUUCCACAAAAUCAUUCUGAGGAACAUGAUGGAGGAAAUGUGAUUGAUGACUCAGGGUUUCCGCAACUGCAGCCCGAUGAACAUGAUGAGGCCAAUUUGGCCGUGGAUGCUGAUGUUCCGGAAAAUAAUUUUGAUGGGAAUGAUGGAGAAGGUUUGCCUGAAAACCCUGAUUUUCCUCCGCAAGAAAAUGAUGAGGAACAGCUUGUUGAAGGAGAUAUGACUGAGAAUUUAGGCUCUGAGGAGAAACAGGAAUCUCAGGAGGAGUUGAAAGGAGGUGAAGUAAAAAAAUGGCCAGGGUGGCCUGGGGAAAAUGUUUUCAGGAUGUUGGUUCCUGUGCAAAAGGUUGGCAGUAUUAUUGGUCGUAAAGGCGAGUUUAUUAGGAAAAUUACUGAAGAGACUAAGGCUCGUAUAAAAAUUCUUGAUGGUCCCCCUGGAACUGCGGAAAGAGCUGUAAUGGUUUCUGCAAAAGAAGAGCCAGAUCGCACCAUACCACCUGCUGUGGAUGGUUUGUUAAGGGUUCAUAAACAGGUUGUCAACGUAGAGCCUCAUCCUGCUGAUGGUGCAUCAGGUGCAGGACGCACAGUUGUUACAAGGCUUCUAGUGGCAGAUACUCAAGCAGGGAGCUUAAUUGGGAAACAGGGAGCCACUAUAAAAUCCUUUCAAGAUUCCACAGGUUGCAACAUACGUGUUCUUGGUUCAGAACACCUCCCAGUGUUUGCCCUGCGAGAUGAUAGUGUUGUCGAAAUACAAGGAGAAUCCUCUGGGGUUCACAAGGCAGUUGAACUUGUUGCAGUUCAUCUACGGAAAUUCUUGGUUGACCGCAGCAUAGUUGGUGUAUUUGAAACACAGAUGCAAAGGCCAGAUGUUCGGGCAAACCAGAAUGUGCCACAUGGCCCACCACACCAACCUUGGGGUCCUCCUCAAGGUUUUCCAGCUCCUGGACCUGUUAGUGGUGGUGGACCUGCUUUCCCACCCAAUCCUCAGUAUAUGCCCCCUUCGCAUAACUAUGAUAAUUACUACCCACCUGCUGAUCUGCCUCCCAUGGACAAGCACCUACAUCAGGGUCCUCCACCUGCCUAUGGAAGAGAUGCUUCCAUGGGAAUUCAUUCAUCCGGUGCGCAACCGCAACAAUCUGUUGUGACUAAGGUCACGCAGCACAUGCAAAUUCCUCUUUCCUAUGCAGAUGCUGUUAUUGGAGCAUCAGGGACAAACAUCAGCUACAUCCGUCGUGCCAGUGGAGCAAGUAUUACAAUUCAGGAGACCAGGGGUGUGCCUGGAGAGAUGACUGUUGAGAUAAGUGGUACUGCUUCACAAAUACAGGCUGCCCAACAACUGGUGCAGAAUUUCAUGGCUGAAGCUGCCAGUGCAACUCAGGAACAUAUGGGAGGAUCAAUGAACCAAGGUUACAAUUCCUAUCCUACCAGUGCUCCUGUCUACCCAUCUCCGCCCUCAAGCGCUGCUGGUCAUGCAGGCCAUGUUCCUUCCGCAGAUUAUGGACCCGUUUAUGGCACCAAUUAUGGCUAUUGAGAACAUAACAUUCAAUUUUAGAUGAGGAGCCAUACCAUUUGUAAACAUUGACCGUUCAAUUUUAGCUGUACUAGUUCUCUUGCAGCCAUCAUCCUGUCAGCUCCUAUAUUUUCACUGUAUUACAGUUCGUAUAAUGACUCGAUAGGAUUUAGAGGAUAUGAUAAUGUGCUAGUUCUUUUCAUGGGCUUAA